AUGGAAGUGACCUGCGACAAUGAAGGGAAAUGGAAUGGAAAAACCUGUGAAUGCCUCCCUGGCUUUGGAGGAGAUCGGUGCCAGCACAAAGUCCCAGUCUGCCAGAACGGAGGCUCCUGGGAUGGGAUCAAGUGUGUGUGCACCAACCUCUACCAGGGGCUGAAUUGCGAGGAAGUGGUUUCGAGCAUUCAGCUGAAUCCUGCGCCGGAGACUGUUUCUGCCCAGGUGGAACUGACUGUGACAGUGACCAAUGAGAAUUUCACCAAAGAGCUUCAGAACCGGUCUUCUCCACAGUUCCGGAAGUUCAAUGAGACAUUCACAAAACAGAUGGACAUGGUUUAUUUCGGAAUCCCUGAGUAUCAAGGGGUCAACAUUACAAGACUGACUUCUGGCAGUGUGGUGGUGGAGCAUGAUGUCAUCCUGAAGGCUGCGUUCACCCCAGGAUACAAGGAAGCUUUCAAGAAGGUCAUUAAGGAGGUGGAGGAAAAAGUCGUGAAUGUAACCCAAGUCCAAAUAAUGAGAAAUUAUACUUGUGAAGACUUACUAUGCUUCAACACAACUGCCACCAAGGUGCAAAACAUUUCGGUUACACCAUAUGACCCUGAAGGUAAGUGACCCAAGGCUGGGAAAGACUUUGCUGAGUACUUCUUUGUGGAGUACAAGAACCAGACACCAAACUGCAUCACCCGCUGCAUGCCUGGAUUCAAUACCUCCAUGAACUGCAACUUUGGGAAGUGCAAACUGGAGCUCAGUGGCCCUCGAUGCUACUGCCUGACCACAGACACUGACUGGUACAGUGGGGAAAACUGUGAGUUCAGCACCAAGAAGAGCCUGGUUUAUGGAAUCCUGGGGGCAGUGGGUGCAGUGAUGCUGGUCGCCCUCAUCACCCUCCUGGUGUUCGUGUUCCUCUCCAAGAGAGAGGUGAAAAGGCAAAAGUCCAAAGUGACUCAGUUGUACAAGUGGCAUGAAGAGAAUGGUGGACCAGCCCCUGGGACCUUUCAAAACAUUGGCUUUGACAUCCGUGAAGAACAAGAGGACCUCAAACAACUGGACUACAUCUAUAAUAACUUCCAGCCCUCCCUGGACCACAUAGACUCUAACACAAAGGAUGUAGGGUCUGGUGAAUUUGACCUCGAGAUGACAAAAGAGAAAUCUGCAGCCAGAAAGAGUGCCAUCCUCUGA